AUGGCACAUGGAUCUUGUAUUUGUGGAGAUGUGAAAUACUCCUUCACUGGAGAACCAAUUUCCCAGGCAAUCUGCCACUGCAUCCCUUGCCGCAAAGUCUCCGGCGGUGCUUUCACCACCAACAUCCUCGUACAAAGCACAUCCUUCACCCUCUUAAGCGGAGCCGAGAAGUUGAAAACCUAUGCUCUCAAACACCCGGCCGGCAUGACCCUUACAUACCAUUUCUGCGAGACCUGCGGAACGAAGAUCUAUAAGGAGGGAGACGCUGAUGCUUUCAAGGGCGUGUUCAUUGUGCAAGCUGGAACGCUGGAUAGUGCUGAGGGAGAGAAGGAGAUGGGGCUUAAGGAUGUGAAGAUUGGGGCUGAGCUCUGGGUUAAGGAGCGUGUGGGUUGGUUAGGAGAGCAGCCGGGAGCAGUUCAGUGCCAGGAGUUUUCUUGAGUGUUGUGAGCGAUGAGUAGAGUCAACAGACGAAUUGGGAGGAAAGAAACUUAUGUUCAGAUCUUGAAACGAGAAAAAUCCAUUUUCAGGACCUAGAUUUAUGAAUCGGUAGGAACAUUAGAGAGCCUUAGGCAUUUGCCCUCCUCAUCACUCAUUGCUUGCAUAUCAUUUCUGAAUAGACUAUACUAGGGAACUGGAAAACGCAGCCGUGAAGCUUAUGGUUGGGAAUACACGGAAAGACAGACAAGAUAACGAUAUCUGACUGUGUAAAAGGUGAGCUGGGUGCGAAUGUUGCCCCUAAGCUCAGAACAGAAAUCCACAGCAGAUGCGAACCAAAAAUUUGAUUGAAGCACUCUAAUAACUUGAGGAAAAGAGAUGCUCUCGAAUUUGUUCAAAGCACGCAGGUAUUACUCAACACGAAAAGACCGGGAUAAGUUCCCGAGCACUACUCAAGUAAGAUUAGGCCUGGGUAACGAU